AUGAGUGCCGGUCAAGAUUCCGGAAAGCCCUGUCAACCUUCUCCUGAAGUCCUCGACCAGCGAGCCUCUCAGCUCGUUAUGAAUGCCCUCGAACGCACCAACUCCCAACAGACGCAGUCCAUCAAGUCCCCUGACUCCAUGAAGAAUGGGUCCUUUGGCCUUUCGUUUUCCUCAAUGAUGGGCGGGCUUUCGUCGCUUUCGCUCUCCCGUACGAGCACCCGAGACAGUGUGAACGAGGACAAGGAUCGAGGCCGGUCUAUGCUCAAGAUGAAGCGUGUCAAGUCAUCAUCCCAAGCCCCUGCUGAGAAGGAACAGGAAUCCUCUUCACGCAGCGUGUCGCGUGCGCGCUCUCAGUCCCCGUUCAACUUCCGCCGUUUCCGCAAUCGCGAACCGUCCCCUACCCCCGAGCCCAUUCCCCUCAGCCAUUCUGAUGCAGACUUGUCAGAUACGAAUGACUCCGUACGUCCACGUUCUACGGCGUUCACGGAUGACGACUCUGGCGACGAGACUAUUGGCACCGACGCAGAUAGUGAAGACGGGUCGACAAGUGAAGAAGACGUUUUUGACCCAAUUACUGAGCGUAACACCGAACAAAACGCGAUCAUUGCUCCGGUCGAUGUCCCAGGCGGUCCUGAAAUUGAAGAUCCCGAUCCUGUGGGCGAAGGUGUUAACGUAGUUGUUGCGCCUGAGCCUUAUUUCCCGAGUUCCCUUAAUUCCCUAUCUAACGCACGAGGCAAGAGGACUCCGCGCAGGCGCAAGUCCAUGAAAACCCACGACCCUCUGCCCUUCAACACUUCGCGCCCUGUUUUCCAGCGCGAUCGGUGCACAAUCACUAUCACUCAAGGUGAUCCCACAGCCAAGCUUGGAGAGAGGCGGAAGAAACGUUACGUCGUCGCUAGUGACCUCAGCGAGGAGAGUCGUUAUGCUGUUGAAUGGGGUAUUGGCACCGUCUUGCGCGACGGAGAUGAAAUGCUCAUUACAACCGUAAUCGAGAACGAGGCUAAAGUUGACCCUCCCAUUCCCAGUGCUGCGGAUAGGGCAGUAAAGCUUCGAAGUCAGCAGGAACGCCAGGGAUUGGCAUAUAUCCUCGUCCGCCAAGUUACUGGCCUACUUCAGCGUACAAGGUUGAAUGUAACUAUUUCCUGUCAAGCAUGGCAUGCCAAGAACUCCAGACAUAUGUUGCUGGAUAUUGUGGAUCACAUUGAGCCCACUAUGCUCAUCGUUGGUUCUCGUGGCCUAGGCCAGCUCAAUGGUAUUUUGCUCGGGUCUACUUCCCACUAUCUUAUUCAGAAAUGCUCCGUGCCUGUCAUGGUUGCCCGCCGCCGUCUCAAGCGUCCUCCCAAAAAGAAUGCCCAUCUUUCUACUCAUCGCACUCAUGUCUCACUCGCAGAAGCCGGCAUCGAUCGCGUCGCCGCGAAGGUCGACCAAGAUGUUCGUGUCAUGCGCGAUGAGAUGCAGAAAGACGAUAGUCGCCGUGAUGGCGGACCAGGAAGCAGGGAAGAUCGCCACUUCGCAGACGUCAAUGUCAAUGAAGCAAAUGAGGACGACGAAGGUGAAGACGACAAUGAUGAUGAGCCAGCUGCUAUAAAGGUCGCCGGUUAG